CAAACUAGACUUGUCCUAACACCUUCUUAGUUUUAUUGAUCACACAAAAAACAACAAAUUUAAAGCAGCUGGAAAUCACCUAAAAAUACUUUAUGGUUUUCAGCUUUUGGGACACAUAUUAACUACACAAAUAAAAAGUAAUGAAGAAAACAUGCAGUAACACCUUUUCUGAUUAAAAGAGCAUUGACAACAUACUGUACUGUUCAAAAAGUAAAGUAACCUUCAGCACAGACAGGAGCCAUCCUGAAACAGUCUGAUGUAAAGAUGAUACAAUGGCGCUCUCUACUGGAAAAACAAAAACAGGUUGAAUUUGAGCUAUAGUUCUGUACAAUAUGCUCCUUUCUGGUCUAAAACUGGGCUUUUAAUAACAUUUUUAUAUCUUCUCCUUUAACAUGAGUGGAAAAACUAAAUGAAAAAUAAAUAAAUAAAACAAAACUUGUGCCUCAUAAGAACAUUUCCUAACUAAAAGGAAAACAUGCUCACGAGAUGUGCAAUCUAAAUGUUUCUGUCCCCUUUCUGUCACGUCUCAGACACGUCCUUCCAAGAAGUAUGCAGACGUCUCCGCAAAUGUAACAUUGCUCACUUUUAUUUAUUGUUUUUAAAUUGCACUUUGGUCACUGCUGGGGCCUGAGGGAGAGGGGACAAAGUUCACAGGAGGCUUGUAAGGAGGAGGGGGUGAAGAGGAGGAAGGUUAAAAAAAAGAAAAUUGACCUUUGAAAGCAAAACAGCAGGUGGAGAGCUAAAAACCAGGCAGCUCAAGACACAUCGGGAGGAAACCGAACAGAAAAAAAAUGAAAGUGUUUCUCUUAACUUAAAGAGUUGUCGCUCGUGUAGUAAUGAAGCCUAACGCUGGCUGUGUGGCAGAGCGAGUGUGAGCGCCGUUUGUUUGGAAAGCAGGAGCAUUUUUGUAGGAGACAGGACAAAUGGAGGGAGAGGAAAAGGYGACAGCAGCAAACGCCAGGCCGAGCCGUUUGACCGCCCUUCAGGAGCAGCUCAUCUGGGCCCUGCUGGAAUCCGGACUGUCCCGGGACGUCCUGGUCCAAGCCGUGGGGGAACUGGAGCGAAGCAAGGCCGGCGGCGGGCCCGACAGGGGAGAGAAGGGGGAUGGAGAGAGCUCGGAGGAGGGAGAAAUGGAUUUCCCGCCGCCUAUAUUCCGAGAUUUGGAGAAGCUUCCUCCGGAUGAGGCGUCCAAGCUCAGGGCUGAAGUCGACAGAUUACUGCAAGAGGACCCCUGGCAUGUUGCGAAAAUGGUGAAAAGCUACAUGCAGCAGCACAACUUACCUCAGAGAGAGGUAGUGGAGUCCACGGGACUCAACCAGUCCCACCUGUCCCAGCACCUCAACAAGGGCACGCCCAUGAAGAACCAAAAGAGAGCCGCUCUGUACACCUGGUACGUCAAGAAGCAGUGCGAGAUCAGCCAGCAGUUUACCAAUGCCAAACACGGCCUCGCACCUGCAGAAGAACAAGGAGAGGAAACYAAAAAGGGGCGAAGGAACAGAUUUAAGUGGGGUCCUGCAUCCCUGCAGAUCCUCUUCAACGCCUACGAACGACAAAAGAACCCCAGCAAGGAGGAAAGAGAGGGGCUGGUGGAGGAGUGUAACAGGGCGGAGUGUCUGCAGAGGGGGGUGUCUCCCUCCCAGCUUGCUGGUCUGGGCUCCAACCUGGUCACCGAAGUCCGAGUGUACAACUGGUUCGCCAACCGCCGCAAAGAGGAGGCCUUCCGUCACAAGCUGGCCCUCGACACAUCUUUCACCUCCCAGUCAGCUUCCUCCUCUAACCCCGCCCUCCCGCAGAGCCCCGAGCACGGUGUGAAAUACAGCCAGCAAAUCUCGUGUGACACAGUUAGCUCAGGUAGAGGCGGCGCCGUGGAGCGAGUGGGGCGUCUUGUGGUCAGUCCCGUCCAACUGGAACCCAGCCACACACUCCUCGAGACCCAUAACCCAAAGCUGGUGUCCAGCAACGGCCCCCUGCCCCCAGUAAGCACUCUGACGUCCCUGCACAGCCUGUCUGCCUCCCCUGCAUCUUCACAGAGCCUCAUCAUGGCUUCAGUGCCGAGCGUCAUGAGUCUAGGAGAGUCCUCGCUUCUCAUUGGAUUAGCUUCCACGCAGCCACAGACCGUCCCCGUUAUAAACAACAUGGGAGGAGGUUUCACAACUCUCCAGCCGAUCUCAUUCCAGCAGCAGCUCCACGCCUCCCACCAGCAGCCUUUAUCACAGCAGCUUCAGAGCCACAUGGCUGCCAGUCCCUUCAUGGCGACCAUGGCUCAGCUGCCAUGUCACAUGUACAAGUCGGACUCGCCCCAGUACCACUCGUCCAGCCUGCUGUCUCAGGCCAUGGUCAUCACUGACAGCAGCAGCCUGGGGACCCUGACCAGCCUUGCUGCAGUCAGACAGAUUCUCACGGCAGACCCAGAGGAAGGGACAGACUCACCUUUACAAGAUGAUUCAUUACACCUGCAGCCGCACACACCUGUGCCAGCUUCCUCUGAGAGCCUGGAGCUGUAUCCUUCCUCUCAGAUGACAGAGCGCCAUCCAUCUCACAUCCUCUCACCAUCACCGACAGACAUCAGCUCCUACAUGCCGACACAAAUGGUCUCUACAGCCCAGUAAUGCUUCCUCUCCUGCCGUCUCAGCUGAACGCUGAGGCGUGACGGUGUUUGGGAAGGACAGCUCCUCCUGGAGAAUGUUUCCUCCCAACAGAACCUGGAGAUGGAGGGCCGYGACGAUGACGUGUCAAAGACUGCCUGAUUCAAACUCUGUACAGCUGUAGCUGGAACCACCGACGCAGCAAAGAAAUAACUUAAGAUCAACACCAAAACACGCUUCUUUUUAUUAAAAUGUUUUGUAAUAGUCAAAAAUUAUAACUUGAGGAGAAAUUUGAAAAUUGUAUGCCACGUGCAUUUGUUUUGAGUAUGCCGUCUUAAAACGCUUUCCAUGAAAAUGUGACUGAAAUAACUCUGAACAAUGURUGUAAAGUUAUUUUUAAAUUCA